AGUCUACAGGCGCAAUGGUGAAAAUUCAAGGAUGGUCCAAGUACGUUGGUCGGUCUAUGCAACAAAAUAUACAGUUUCUCCAGAACCAAUUCGUACAGUUGAAGCGACCACCAACGCGCUCUGAGGUUGACAGAGCGUACAAAUUAAUCGAGCAAACAAUUGCCUUUGUGGAUGGACGAUACACGAGGAAAACCCCGAGGGUUGAUUUGGCUUACCUCCAAUCGAUUAGGCAGAAAGAAAAUGGGUUUUUCGACCUAUAUCGACCUGAUAUACCAAGCCUGGACAACAAAUUCGAAAAGAUCGGGUUAUUGUUCGAGUUUAUGGCAAAAGCCAGACACUUUCUCAUUUACUCGACCUACCCUGACAAUGACCAGAAUCUGGAGGGAUUUUUUGCGAGUGUUGAGGAGCACGUCGUACCGUUGUAG